AUGUUCUCACCGUUAAAAUUUCAACCAAGCAAACUGUUGAAAAAAUUAACCGACUCGCGUGCCGUGUACAACUUAAGGUACUCUUCUAAAUUAAGUUACUCGGACGAUACCCCUGAAGUACUAAAGUUCUACAGCGACACCCCAUGGGAUCUGGGGGAUAAGUAUCCGGCGUUAACCGAGCAGGACUAUAACCGGUUCAUCAGCAAAAAAGCUUUGAAGAGGGAACCAGCGCUCACAAGGCAAAUAACAACAUUGGCCUACAAAGUAGGUAAGCAAGUGAUCUCGCUGGCCGAGGGCAUGCCAAAUGAAGACAUGUUCCCGUUCAGUCGGCUGAAGCUACAGUUCAAGGCUGGAGGAGAGCUGAAGUUGGAAGGCAAGGAGCUAGCUACCGCACUGCAGUAUAUGCCGUCGCAAGGGUACCCAGCGUUGAUAUCAGAACUGCGCGACUUCCAACGGUCAGUGCACCGGGCGCCGGGAGCGCGCGACGUGCUCGUCACGAACGGCGCGCAGCACGGCAUCUACCAGUGCGUGGACAUGCUGCUCGACCCCGGCGACCCAGUCAUACUCAGCGAGUUCUCCUACACCGGCGUCAUCAGUGUGUUAAGACCGUACGAUCCUGAAAUCAUCUCUAUCCCAGAAGACGAUAAUGGCAUGAGUUCCGAAACCUUGGAGGCAAUUCUGGAAAGUAGGCUGGCGCGAGGACUUAAAAUGCCGAAAGUCAUGUAUGUGGUUCCCACUGGAAGCAAUCCUACCGGUCUUAUAAUCCCUGAAGAGCGGAAAAAGCAGCUCUACGAACUAGCUUGUCGAUACGAUUUUUUGAUCAUUGAAGAUGACCCGUAUAUGUUCUUGAAUUAUUCUGGGGAGCGCACUCCAUCGUUCCUGUCGCUGGAUGUAUGCGGGCGAGUGUUGCGGUUGGACUCGACAUCGAAGUGCUUGAGCGCGGGCCUGCGCACCGGCUGGCUGACCGCGCCGCACGCGCUUGUCGCACGCGCCGAGCUGCACUCGCAGGCAGAGCUCCUGCACCCCGCCACGCUGUCGCAGGCGAUAAUCCUUCACCUCAUAUCGGACCGUUCAGAGCUGGCGACUCACAUGAUUCGAGUCCGUUCCUUCUAUCGUUUGCGGCGGGAUGCUCUGCAGCAUGCACUGCGGGAACUGAGCGGGCUCGCGCACUGGACCUCGCCGCGGGCUGGGAUGUUCUUCUGGAUGCGAGUCGAUGGAGUCGACGACGUAUAUAACAUGGUAUUCCACCGGGCCUUUGAACGUGGGCUGAUGUUAGUUCCGGGGCAUGCCUUCAUGUACGACACCAGUUUGCCGUGUCCUUACUUGCGUUUGACCUUCAGCAAAAUCCCGGAACAGGAUAUGGAGCUGGCGGCUAAGCAACUUGCUGCCAUCAUACGGGAGGAGCAGAAGUUCAUGCAGACGCGACCUCAGAGGUUAGCCACUGAACGGUAG